UCUACAUCUGGAGUUCCGUGUUAAUCUGGCAAAUGCCAGACUUUUCGCAUUCCAAAGUUGACGUUCGAUCGCCAGGAGCGAAAGCUCCCUCACUUUCAUGGCUCUUAUCUCAGGAAAAAAAUGGAAAAAGACGAAAACAACCGAGGAAUCAGCAGAUUUCCUGAUGGUGUGAACAAAGAGAACACGUUCUCCUUUCGUUUCGAGCAACGAGAGUAUUUCCUUACUUCGGAUUGUCGUGCUACGUGAGGAUGAUUACAUCGGACAUGCCGGGAAGAGCUCGAAGAUAGCAAAGCGAUGGAAAAAUCACUCGUUGUUAUGUGUUGGAAUCGAUUAUGGUUUGUUAUCUUGGCCGGGUUUCUCCUUUGGUUCGUAUUGAUCUCGUUGUUCCGUGCAAAUCCUAUCCGUUUAGUAAAUUAUAGCCCGAUAUAUCUUGCCGAGAAUUACACUCAGAGCAGCAUCGUAUGGAGCGAUGAUGCAAAUACUGAAGGCGAGAUUAGAAGACCGUUCGAGGGCAUAAGAUUUAAGGAAGAUGCUCCGGAUAGUUCCUCCGUCGAAGGCGUUAUGAACAGGACUCAUAGUUCGCUUCCUAGUUCGGAGAUUGCAGAAGAAAAGACAAUUAGGGAAAAUGGAGAAGCUGAUUCGAUGUCCUGCGAAGGGCGACGCGUUUACAUUCACAAGCUGCCGAGGCAGUUCAAUGAAGACCUCCUCAGGCAGUGCAAGUCGCUUAGUACUUGGAUGAAUAUGUGCGACUCGUUAGCGAACUUCGGUCUUGGUCCUCGGCUUGCCAAUUCCAAUAAGGUUCUAGGAAAAACUGGUUGGUAUGCCACUAAUCAGUUCUCAUUGGAGGUCAUUUUUCACAACAGGAUGAAACAGUACAAGUGCUUGACCAGUGACUCCUCGGUUGCUUCGGCAAUUUUCGUGCCCUAUUACGUGGGCCUCGAUGUGGCUAGAUACCUGUGGAAUUCUAACAGAACCUUGAGAGAUGCUGGUUCGCUCGAUCUUGUCCGGUGGCUCAGAAGACGUUCGGAGUGGAAUGUCAUGGGCGGAAAGGAUCAUUUCCUAGUCGCUGGGAGAAUUGUUUGGGAUUUCAGGAGAGAAAACGACCGACUCUCCGAUUGGGGUAGCAAUCUCAUGCUUUUGCCCGAAUCGAUGAACAUGACCAUAUUAGUACUCGAGUCAUCGCUUUUGCCUAAAGGUAACGAUUUCGCUAUACCAUACCCCACCUACUUCCACCCUUCGAAGGACAUCGAAGUAAGCCAAUGGCAAAGCAGAAUGAGAAGGCAAAAGAGGCGUUACUUGUUCUCGUUUGCGGGUGCCCCGAGGAAAAACCUAUCUAACUCUAUCCGUGACGAGAUCAUCAGCCAAUGCGGUGCUUCGAGAAGGAAAUGCAAGCUGUUGGAAUGCAAUUCCAGGGGAAACAAGUGUCACAAGCCGAUUUUCUUGAUGAAGCUGUUUCAAAGCUCCAUCUUCUGCUUGCAACCUCCUGGGGAUUCGUAUACCAGAAGGUCGGCCUUCGACUCUAUCUUGUCAGGGUGCAUUCCUGUUUUCUUCCACAGCGGUUCGGCUUAUGAGCAAUACAAGUGGCAUUUGCCGGGCGAUCACUCCAAAUAUUCCGUGUUCAUACCGGAGAAUCAGGUAAAAGACGGGAAGGUCGCAAUCGAGAAGCUAUUGCUUCGGAUUCCGCAGAAGGAUGUAUCGGCCAUGCGAGGGGAGGUGAUACGGCUCAUUCCGACGAUUCUGUAUGCCGAUCCGACGUCUGAACUAGAGAACCUGGAAGAUGCAUUUGAUGUAUCAGUAAAAGGGGUUCUUGAAAGGGUCCAGAGGAUUAGAGAAGAGAGUUUAGGCUAGAAAGAACUCCAUACAAUCUUUUGUUGUUAUUCGGGGAACCUUAGAUACUUGUGGCAUGUAGGAAAAGACGAUCAUUCUGCUGUGCUGU